AUGUCGAUUCCUUGCCUAACCGAAGAGACGGCUAAAACAGUUCUACGCCAGGUGGAGUUUUACUUCAGUGAUAGUAAUCUUCCAAUUGAUGAUUUCCUCAAGAAGACUGUUAGAGAGAGUGAUGAUGGAUUGGUUAGUUUGGGGCUGAUAUGUUCCUUCAGUAAGAUGAGAGGGUAUUUGAAGUUGGGUGAUUCCAAAGGAGAUGAGGUUCCUGAAGAUACCAUCAAAGCUGUUGCUGAUACUCUUCGUACCUCUUCUGCUCUCAAGGUUUCUGAAGAUGGGAAAAAGGUUGGUAGGAGUACAGAGUUGUUGAAGCUUGAAGAUUUGAUUGAACAACUUAAUGCUAGAACUGUUGCUGUUUCUCCAUUCGCUUAUGAUGUUAAAAGGGAAGACGUUGAAGCCUUUUUCAGUCAGUAUGGAAAGGUUAAUAGUGUGAGGUUGCCUCGUCAUGUAGCAGAGUCGAGAUUGUUUUGUGGUGUUGCCUUGGUUGAGUUCCCUACAGAAGAGGAGGCCCAAAAUGUUAUGAAGCAAAACUUGGUCUUUGCUGGUCUCGACUUGGAGAUGAAACCAAAGAAAGAGUUUGAUGAAGAAAGGGAGAAAGAUGAAGAAAAGUUUGCUAACUACCGUCCUCAAAAGGCUUCUGCAAAUCAGAAGAACGGCUCUGACCACAGGAACGGUUCUGAAUCCGAGGCAAACUAUCCCAAGGGUUUGAUUAUUUCAUUCACUCUAAAGCGCUCAGCUGAAGGAGGUGCUACAGAAAAGAGUUCUGAGGAGUCAGCCGAUAAGAAAAUGGAUGAAAGCGAAUCAAAGGCAGAAGAUAAUCCUGCUGAGGAUAAAGAAAACACUGAUCAGGCACAGGGACAAGGAACAGAGGGGGAAGAUGAUGAUGAGUCUUCUGAUUCUCCAGCUAAAAACGGAGAGAAUGAAGAAAAGGGUGGUGCUCUAGCUACCCAUAAGGAUAACAAAGAUGUUGUCUUGCGUGAAGAUCUUAAGGCCGUGUUUGGAAAAUUCGGUGAAGUCAAGUUUGUGGAUUUCAAAAUGGGAGCUGAAACGGGUUACCUAAGGUUUGAUGAACCAGAAGCAUCACAGAAAGCUCGUGCCGCAGCAGUAUUAGCCAAAGAAGGUGGACUAACCGUGAAGAACUUUAUUGCAGUCCUAGAACCUCUUACUGGCGAAGCUGAAAAGGAGUACUGGGGACUCCUUAGGAGCAAAGACAGGUUUGACAAGGGUGGUCGUGGAGGAAGGGGAGGAAAACGAGGAGGAGGGAGAUUCGGGAGAAAGAGGGGAUCUGAUUCCCCUGGUGGUCGCUGGAACAAAUCUCAGAAGAAACUGGCUUUGGGGUAUAUUGUAUUGUUGCUUCUCUUGCUAAGUAUGAAGCCUGAGAUGAAAGCCCCCAAUGUUACAGAAGAUGGUUUCCAAGGAAAACUGCAAGGGAAACAUGGGAGGAUUAGUGGCCCUGCAAGACGAUCCACCAAAGGACAAUGGACUCCAGAAGAGGACGAAGUCUUGUGCAAAGCUGUGGAGCGUUUUCAAGGAAAGAACUGGAAGAAGAUAGCUGAAUGCGUUAAGGAUCGAACUGAUGUCCAGUGUCUUCAUAGAUGGCAAAAGGUCUUGAACCCAGAGCUUGUCAAAGGGCCAUGGUCCAAAGAGGAGGAUAACACAAUAAUUGCUCUGGUGGAAAAAUAUGGGCCAACGAAAUGGUCUACUAUUUCUCAGCAUUUACCUGGGCGCAUAGGAAAACAAUGUAGGGAAAGGUGGCAUAACCAUCUUAACCCUGGCAUUAAUAAAAAUGCAUGGACCCAGGAAGAGGAACUGACUCUUAUUCGUGCACAUCAAAUUUAUGGGAAUAAAUGGGCAGAGCUUAUGAAGUUUUUGCCAGGAAGGUCAGACAAUGCAAUAAAAAAUCAGUGGAACAGUUCUGUUAAGAAGAAGUUGGAUUCCUACUACGCAUCAGGUCUUUUAGACCAGUGUCAAAACUCGCCACUAGUUGCCCUUCAGAACAGAUCCAUAGCUUCAUCUUCCUCGUUGAUGCACAGCAGUGGGGAUGAAAGUAAUUUCAGGCAAGGAGCUGAUGCUGAAGAAUCAGAAUGCAGUCAAGCUUCAACUGUUUUCAGCUGUUCACAAUCGGCCAAUGAUUUAUUAGAUGAGGUUAAACCUGCAAAUGAAGAAUUCUACAUUCCGGAAUUGCUUUCAGGAACGGAGCAGCAAAUCUCAAACUCUCCAUCUCAUGCAGAAUCUUACUGUCCUUCCUUUGAUGAUGUUAAAAUUGUUGUCCCCAAAGUUUCUUGUGAAGCAGAAUCCUCAAAGAAGUAUCAGAAUCAUAAUUGUUCAGGUGAAGUUAGAACCACCACAGCUACAGAGGAUCACUUGCAGGGAGGGUCUCACAAUGUAAAACAGGACCUUGAUCUAGACUGUCCUCAGUCAUUGGCUCAUAACAUGGACAGAGAUGAACAACCUUCUUUGCCAAACUCGGACACAGGUAUUCAUCCACAACCUCAAACUUUGACUACGGAGGUGGAGUGCUGUAGGGUUCUUUUCCCAUGUACCAUGAAAGAUAGCGGUACAUCUUCUGGUGAGCAAGGUCAGAACAUGGCUGACUCUCAAAAGGGAAAAGAAGAAACCUAUGCUCAUGAAUCUGGAAACAUUCCAGCUUUAUCCUUGCACCAUUCAUAUUCUGAGGGCCUGGCGGAUCAUAAUGGUGUUCCUUUGUUAUAUUCAGCUGGGAAGGACUCAGUUUUACUCCAUAAUAAUUCUAUUCAAGGUUGUGAUCUCCUUGAAGCUACUGCAUUAGAACGUGAAACUGAUACAAAUGAUGGGCAUGUAACUUCUCAUGGCAAUGAUGAUAGUGAUGGCAUCCCUGAACAGCGAGAGCUGUCAUAUAUUACCAAUGAUUCUUUGAAGCUAGUACCUCUGGAUAAUUUUUCUUCUCCUUCUAGAGUGAAUAAGAUUUAUUUCCCUAUUGACGACAAGCAAGCUGAGAAAGACAAAGGAUCUCUUUGUUAUGAACCUCCACGUUUUCCGAGUGCAGACAUUCCUUUCUUCAGCUGUGAUCUUGUACCAUCAAAUAGUGACUUACGGCAAGAGUACAGUCCCUUUGGCAUCCGCCAGUUGAUGAAUUGUACAACAACUCCGUUAAGGUUAUGGGAUUCACCGAGCCCUGAUGUCAUGCUUAAAGAUGCUGCCAAAAGUUUCAGUGCUGCACCAUCCAUCUUAAAGAAGCGGCAUAGGGACUUGCUGUCACCUAUGCUGAGGAAAGAAAAAAUGGUGAAAAGUGCUAAGGCUUCCUCCUUGGCCUUAGAUUUUUCACGAUUAGAUGAUGGAAAUGAUUGUGAUUCCUCUCGUCUGUCAGAAUGUCCUGACAAGAAAGAUAAAUGUGCCUCCUCUUCCGAAGCCAAAGAGGAUCCAAAGGAAACCUUGGAGUCAGGAGGAGUGUCUUCAGCUAAAAUUGACCAAGAAACUCGUAGAAGUUUGGUUUAUUAUAAUGAUGUUGAGAGGCAACCAAGUUCUCCUGACAAAACUGGAUGUAGGCCAGAUAACACAGUGAAUACAGUUGUGAAAGAUCCAUCGGAUCAACAAGAAAAGUCAUUAGUUACUAUUCCAACUGGAGAAAUCUUGUCAGAACCUCCAUUCACCGCAGACGAUGUUCCUUUAUCAGUAAUCACGGAAAAUAAAACUAACAAUGCAGAGAGUAGUGCUGAUAUUGAAAACUUCAGCAUAUUUGAUGGAACACCAUUCAAAAAACUCAUUGAUACCCCAUCACCAUGGAAAUCAUCACCAUGGAAAUCACCGUUACUCUUUGGUUCUUUCUUGCAAAGCCCAAAUUUCCCUCCCGAAAUUACAUUUGAGGAUAUUGGAUGCUUUAUGAGUCCAGGAGAGAGGAGUUAUGAUGCAAUAGGACUAAUGAAGCACUUGAGUGAACACACAGCUACGGCAUAUGCAGAUGCUUUGGAAGUCUUGGGUAAUGACACACCUGAAACAAUACUCAAGAAGAGACAGUUGAACAAAUCUAUUCAAGGGAAAGAAAAUCAGCACUGGCCUCAUGAUCAACUGGAAAACCGAUCCCAGGUGGAGGGUCGAGCCUUGGACUUCAGUAACUGUGGGACACCUGGGAAAGCAAAGGUAUCUUCAUCUUCUCCAGGCGGCUACUCAAGCCCAUCAUCUUACCUUCUCAAGAAUUGCAGGUAG